CGAAUUACCAUCUCCUCCUCUCUCUCUCGUGGUGGUGUGAAAGCACGCAGUAGAGCCUGGAUUUUUUUACGCAAGCGCAAGUACGCAACGAGCAAGGAUAUCGUGCGAUCGCGGGGAAAUUUUGUACACGACAAUCAGGAUUACCGAUUUUUUUGGAAGGAUUAACAAAGUGCGGAAAAGUUGGAAAAUUGUUAUUUGAUUGUUUGGGGUUUUCUGUACCUACCGGAAGUGAAAGUACACAUGGUUUGAUCAACUUAGGAAGACGAGCCUAUCGAGUGUGUUGAUUCAUUGUCGAAGUGAUGGAAAAAAUGUUACGUACAAGAAUUGAGAUCACACUCAGUUCAAGUUGCUGACAAGUGAGUGAGCAAAUAAAUAUCUACCCGCGUUCGAUAGGAAAAAGCAACAGUGACAAGUGUUACCGCGAAAAAAAUUGUAUUUAUUUACCUUGGUGCCGUGGUGAUUAGUAAAGUGUGUUGCACGAUUUACGCGACCUGAAUCGCUCAUAAAUCCCACAUUAUUCACACUCAAGUGUUUUGGUUCAAAAUGUUCAACCUAGUGAGCGGCACCGGUGGGAGCAGCUGUUGCCAUCGAAGGAACUGUUUCGCAAAUCGAAAAAAGUUUUUCACAAUGCUGCUGAUCUUCCUACUGUACAUGGUGUCCCAGGUUCAGUCCUGCGGGCCCGGUCGGGGCAUCGGAGGUCCGCGAAGGACGCGCAAACUGCUGCCGCUGGUGUUUAAACAGCACGUUCCGAACGUUAGUGAAAACUCGCUGGGAGCGUCUGGCAUGCAGGAGGGCCCGAUCUCGCGGAACGACAGCAAAUUCCGCAGCUUGGAGACCAACUACAACAAGGAUAUCAUCUUCAAGGAUGAGGAAGGCACCGGGGCCGAUCGCGUCAUGACACAGCGAUGCAAGGAAAAGCUCAACAUCCUGGCGGUGUCGGUCAUGAACCAGUGGCCCGGCCUGCGGCUGAUGGUCACCGAGGGCUGGGACGAGGACCACAUGCACGCGCGGGAGUCGCUGCACUACGAGGGCCGUGCCGUGGACAUCAUGACCUCGGAUAAGGAUCGCUCCAAGAUCGGAAUGCUGGCGCGGCUAGCCGUCGAGGCGGGAUUCGACUGGGUGUUUUACGAAAGCCGCAACCACAUCCACUGUUCGGUUAAGUCAGAUUCUUCCCAAUCGAACCACGCCAGCGGAUGCUUCACCGGAGACAGCACGGUACAAACGAUCAAUGGAGAGCACCGGAAGCUCAGUGAGCUACAAAUUGGCGAGAAGGUUCUCAGCGUAGACAGUUCCGGACGCAUCGUGUACAGCGAAGUGAUGAUGUUCAUGGACCGUGACACUCACCAAAGCCGAGAAUUUGUGCACAUCGAAACCGACGGCGGGGCACAUCUCACGGUCACGCCCGCCCAUUUGGUCAUGGUGUGGCAAAAAGAGAUCGGUGAAUCUCGGUAUCUCUUUGCCGAUCGCAUCCAGGAGGGCGAUUACGUGCUGGUCAAUAUCGACAACAAUCUGGAACCCCGCAAGGUGCUCCGGAUAUCGGCCAAGCUGUCACAGGGAGUCUACGCACCGCUGACAAGCGAAGGCACCGUGCUGGUCGAUUCGAUAGCAGCCUCCUGCUACGCCCUCAUCGACAGCCAGUUGGUGGCACAUCUCAGCUUCCUGCCGUACCGGGUGGUGCAGAAAGUGAUGGAUCUGUUCAAAUUCAGCAGUCAAAGUCAUAGUUUAGGUUUGCCACGGCACGAAGGCAUCCAUUGGUACGCUAAAUCACUUUACUCUAUCAAAGACUACGUCCUUCCGACGGAUUGGUUAUAUCACUAGUAUGUGGCAUCCCCACCCCCAGAAGCAUAGUCGGUCAACUAGCCUGUACAUUUUGUAAAUUCAAUGGUUUCAAACUCCAAAAAACUGGAACAUCUCCAAUUGUCCAAGUCCAAGUAGAGAAUAUGUGUGAGAUCACUUAAAUUAUGUGCGCGAAUGCUAGAGUUACGUGAGCGAGAGAGAUAGAAUGUACCCCUAAAUGCAACAGGGGAAGGUAAAGUAAUCUUAUUUGCUUAGCAACCUUUGGAAUGUUUGUGAAACGCUCCUUGAUAUUUAAACGAAGAAAGCAAAAAUCUUGACAUGAAACAGUGGUUAAGUUUAAACCUUUUAUAUCUGCAACAAUGACUAGUUUGUGUAAGUAGGCCCAAUAUUAAAUAAUUUAUUCUAAUUUUAUUGUAUAAAGUUUUCUACUAAUUAAAUUGUAAAUCUUGAUCCAAAAAUCCGAUUGUUAAUAUUGUGUUGAGCAAAUUCGGCCAGUGAAUUAUUUGCAUUUGAACUGAAAUGCAAACCCCUCUGAACAAAGAAUGGGUUCUUAAGGAAAGACACAAGAGUGUAUUGACUUUGAACAUAGUAUUUAUUAAGUAGCCUUAUGUAACUACAAGAAAAGUGAUAUCUAAUUAUAAUUUUAAUAUAAUGAAACAAUAAUUUAUGAACCGAACCGAAACUCAAACACCCUCUAGAGCUUACCGACCACGUUUCACAAAAAAAAACUUGAAAUCUUUCAUUGAGAAAUAUUUCACCGAAAAGCUUGCUAAAUGUGGGCUUGGACGUUGCGACGAAACGCCACAGCAACAUGCAACAUAAUCGCACGUGUUCGCUUUGUAUGUUUGGUCAAAAGCUCAAUGGAAGCACACACACACAGAAGCGCAAACGCAACAUUCCCGGUCUUCGUUGAUCUAUAACAUAAUUGUUUGGAGGAAAAAUCUGCCAUGCUGGACAACGAAAUAUGUUAUGAUAUGUAAAUAUAGCUAAAUAUGGAAAACUACGCGCUGCAAAGUAGUGAGUUCAAAUAAUAAACUAAAUCAAAGUUGUUAUUCAAAGCCGAA